AGCCCUCUCUGGCUUAAGUGUCGCUAAAAAGGGAAAUAUCUAUAUAGCUCCUUGAAAUUCCGCCAAACAGACGCUCUCAAAAACUUGGUGCAGACUAUGGCUUUCUCAGUCUCCACAGCCACAGCCAGUUCCAGUCCCCAAUUCCAUUUCUUCUCUUUUCACUCCAAUCAUCUAUUCCCAGUCUCCCUCUCUCUCCCAACCCACACCGCCAGACUCCUCGUCUCCUGCUGCGCCGCCGCAAAGCCUCAGACCGGCCCCGUCAAGAAGAAGCGCUCUCCUCCCUCGCCCACCCCCACCCCCGCCAACAACAACAAGAAAAAGCGUAAGGCCAAGGAUAAGAAUACCAGCUUUAGCAAGGUUGAAAUUGUGGAUGAUUUCGGGUCUUCAGAUUCCGGGUCGCUGGGUUACCAUCCUACGCCGCCCGCUGGGUUUGUAGUGGAUGAUCACGGCAGGGUGCUUAUGGCUUCGUCCAAGCGAAUUGCCUCGAUUGUUGAUCCUACCAAUAAUUUCCCAUUAGAGUGCGUUAUAAGGAGAGUGUUCAGAAGCUCACGAGGGGAUGAAUGUAUGCUGCUUUGCCCUGUUGACACGCCUGUUCAGAUAUUAAAGAGCACCAAUAUAGAUGGUUGGUCAGCGGUCAGUGAUGAAGAAGUUGAAGCUAUUCUUCCUUCUGCUGCUUAUGCCCUUGCCAAGAUACAUAUGCAUCUUGUACAUAGCGGAUUUUGCUAUACAGCAAGGGGAGGAUUUUGUUACUCAGAAGAUGACAUAUUUGAUUUUCGCACAGAUGAUGGUGAAGAUGUAGAUGGCUUGCCAACCGAGGGUGUCGAGAUUACAUGUUUCCAUUUGGAUGGUGCGCAUUACAUGGUUUACACACCCUCUGAUCCACUUCUCUUUGUUGCUGUAAAGGAUAAUGACGGUCUAUUGCAAAUUGCUGAUGAUGAUCUGCUGGAGGACCCUGCUAUCAUUAGUGCCAUAGAUGAGGAGACCGAGUUUAAUGCAUUGGUGGAGGAAGAAGCAGCUCUUCUUGAUUCAUUGCUAGGAAAAGAGUAGCAUGUGUCUGUCUAGUGUCAACCGGGGUAUUUCUUCAUGUCCAGUCUUUCUAGUGCCCGUCACAUUUGAUAUGAGAAAGCAUUUCUAAGGACGGUGGGUGAAUAGCCCUGAGAAAUUGACAUUUGACUUUAACCCAUCUCUGCUUUGUAAAUAAUUUUUCUUCUUUUGUAAUGCAUGUAUAAAAUCUUUCUUGUAGCUCAGUGUUACCAGUGGUUCUCUUAGUGAUAAAAGUAGCGUAUUGUCCAUCAA